AUGGGAAAUAGCCAUUCGACACCGCCCGCCCCGCCACCAAAACCACAGCGCACCACGAUCACGAGAUCGCCCCAACGCCAACUCAAAUAUGUCCAUUGUAUGAGAACCUGCUCCAGCCAAGACCGGCCGAACGCCCACAGUUCUUUCCGACAACCUCCACAGAGUCAUGCCGCAGAUAGCAGCAAGGCUAGCUUCCUUGACCUCCCAUCUGAAAUCCGGAACAAUAUCUACUCGCGGGUGCUUGUGUGCGAUGGGUACGUGAAGCUGAUGCCUGCAUAUUCGACAAAGGUACCUGGACUUAUUCUCCUGCAAACCUGCAAGCAGGUGCACGAUGAAGCAGCGUCGAUAUUCUUCGCCGCAAAUGCAUUCUAUAUCCACAUGCAAAAGGAAGUUAAAGUCAAACAGAACACGCAGGUUCAGUACCCAGAUACCGAUCAAUUAUAUGUACCUCCUUGGACCCGCAAUGGAGGGGAGGAAAGAGGAGGCAUAUUCUUCCCAGCACCCCGCUACCACACGUACCUGACCCGUCUCACCAUCGAUGCUAAAGUCAGGCUGAACUUCUUCCACCCAGAUUAUGAGCGGCAACCGUUUUAUCGAUAUCAUUCAACUCCUGAUCCCGUACCUGUCCAGCAGUACGAAGAUAUGAAGAGGUUGUCGGAAAUGUUGAACAAGCUGUUCAGCGGGACGUACAUGAAGGUGAAGGAAUUAUGGGAGAAGCGGGAUAGGGAGUGGGAGGGAAAGAUGGUGUGGAGUCACCAUGAUCAGAAUUCGAGGGAGUUUCAAUUUACAAUGAGUUUUUCAGUAGAGGAGGGGGAGGAGCUGGCGACCAGGGCUGUGCUGAGAAAUUGGGAGUUUGGGGGUUAUUGAGGGGAAGAAGACGAGUAAAUGAUAAUGCGUAAAUAUUCG